AUUUAUUUCUCUUUUCCUAUAUCUUUUUUCUUUUCUUUUUGUUUUUCUUUUUUGUUUUGUUUAAAAAUACAUAAUAAUUUUUGAAAAUGAUUUCUAUUACAGAAGAUAUCAUUAGCUAUGCAUCAAAUGUAUUAACUAUAGAAGCAGCUAACCUGAAAAGCGCAGCAGAAAGAUUGAAAUCAACCACAGAAUCAAAAGAAGGAUAUCAGCAAGCAAUCUAUUUAAUGUUCAAAUCAUUAGAUAUAGGUGGAAAAAUCAUUGUCACAGGAGUCGGUAAAUCUGGAAAAAUUGCAGAAAAAAUAGUAGCAACCAUGUUAUCAGUAGGAAUAUGUGCAACAUUUCUUCAUCCUAUUGAAGCAUUACAUGGUGAUCUCGGUAUAGUUCAACGCAAUGAUAUUAUUUUGGCUAUAUCAUUUUCAGGGAACACUGAAGAAUUACUGAUGCUUUUACCUAGUUUAAAGCAUCGGCGUAUCCCCAUUAUCGGCUUAGGCGGAAAUCCUAAGAGUAAAUUAGCAAAAGAGUGUGCUGCCUGGAUUGAUGGAUAUGUGCAAUGUGAAGCUGGAGAUUCUAUUCCUGCUCCUACUUGUUCAACUACUCUAGCUUUGGCUCUAGGUGAUGCGUUAGCAUUAACAUUAGCUAAAUUGAGAGAUUUUAAUAAAGGUGAUUUUGCCUUAAAUCAUCCAGGAGGCUCACUCGGUAGAAGAUUGCUAUUGAAAGUUAAAGACAUCCUCAUUAGCUCAUCUAAAGUAGCAUGUGUGAGUAGAGAUACACCGCUUGAUGUUAUUAUUAUGGAAAUGACAAAACAUCCAAGAGGAUCUGGUGUUAUUGUGAUAGAAAAGUUUGAUAAUGAUAGUGACGCUACAACACAAAGAAGAGAUUAUCAACAAUCACACUUUAGAGACCAUGAACUAUUUCCUUCUCCACCACUUUCAGAAGCUUCAUCUAUGAUAGAAGAUGACGAUGAAGUAUAUUCAAGGGUAGCUGAUUCUAAUCACAGUCUAGUAGUAGUGGGUGUUAUCACACAUGAUGACAUUCAUCGUGUUCUAAAGUCUUCUUCUAUGCGAGAAGAUGUGUUUAAAAUUCGUGCUAUUGAUAUUAUGACUUCGAAUCCAAUUGUUUUUGAUGAAAACAGAUUAACUUCAGAAGCAGUCUCGUUAAUGAAGGAGAAAAAUAUUCCCUUAUUACCGAUUGUACGAUAUGAAAAAUAUUUUAUUGGCGUUGUUACAUUAAAAGACCUUCAAGAAUUAUUUUAAUUAUUUUUGUUACUAUUAUUAUUAUUAUUAUUAUUAUUAUAUACAUAUAUAUAUAAUAUAUAUAUAUAUAUUGGUG